GGACAGUUAAGAAGACACUCUUAAAGAAGAAGGGUGAUAUGUUUCAAGGAAUAUGGGUAAAAUAAAGGUAAAGAAAAAACCGGUUAGUGUUGUGUUAUUUGAUAAAUAUAGUGUUAAUGAAUACACAUAGUGUUAUUGGAAACUUAUAGUUUUAUAGGAUAAUUACCGGUAUAGUAUUAUAUGAUUCAUAUAGUGUUAUAGGAUACAUAUAGUGUUAUUCGAUACACAUAGUGUCAUUGAAUACAUAUAGUGUUAAAUGAUUCGUGUAGUGUCAUAGGGUACAUAUAGAAUUACAGGAUACACAAAGUUUUAUAUGAUACAUAUUGAAUAUAGGAUACAUAUAGUGUUAUAGGAUUUUGAAAUAGGAUUACCAGACGUCCGUAUUUAGUACGCAUAGUUUUGUAUUUUCGAUCUCCUUGUCCGUACUAAAUUUUGCGUCCAUAUUUGUCCGUACUUACCUUUCGUCAUCCGGCGGCUUGUCCACACUUCUGGCAAAAACGGCUUGCUUGUCUUACUUCCAUUUGUCUCAUCUUAUUUCUCCGCAUAGGCCAGCGCAAUGAGCAGUCUCAGCGCCAUCGUUACGUCUCAUUAACGUAAGCAUUACUGCUGCACUUGAAUGAAACCGCGCAUGACCAUCUGCACAAGCAAAUGAAAUAUUCCAAGGAAAAAUUAAUCGUUGGCAAUCUCUUUGAAAAUCUAACUUAUGAGAGACACCUUUUGUCACCUGCUGAGCUGGAAGAAUGGAACUCGCUAAAUCAUUUCUGUAGAUCAAAAAAAAAAAAUAAUAAUAAAGUGGGUGCACAUUUUUUAACAUGUUAAAACAAAUGAUAUAUUUUCUGGACAUUUUGCAACUACUGCUUGAGGUUUUUAUUCAGCCUUCCUGGCACGACAGCGCCAGUGGAGUGUGCGUUAUCUCUAAAAACACAUGCUUGAACGCCUGAGAGAUCACAGCUGAAAGCCACAACUCUGAGAGAUAAUCUGAUUGUUCCGAGGAACAUUGAUCUAACAGGUCCUCAAUUUAUGAUACGAUUCUUAUGAAUGGAACUUUUUUUCGAAGCCAUUCGUGGGCCUGCAAAAUAUUCACAAUAGUUUGUAACAAAAUUAAGUCGAGAAGGAUAUUCAAUAAUCAUGCACAACACCCCCCUUCCCCCCCCCCCCACAUGAUAUGCCUCCGUUUGCUUUGAGUCUUUAUGGCCGUACUUGGCAUCCAGAAAAAUAUGGUAAUUUUACUUUGUGUCCGUACUUGGCAUCCAUAAAGCUAGUAGGUUUCAUAGAGUGUUAUUGGAUACGUAUAGUGUAAUUGGAUACGUAUAUUAGUAUAGGAUACAUAUAGUGUUAUAGGAUACACAUAGGUUUUAGGAUACAUACAGUGUUAUAGGAUACAUAAAGCGUUAUAGGAUACUGUUACAUACUGCUGUAUAUUAGGGAGAAAUUCAUCUCUUAUUUUAAGUUUAUGGCUCGUUCUUAACAGUACAUAACAAAAGACGAUGCCAAAUGAAAAAUACAAUAGCAAAAGAAUACGACCCUCAAAACAGUGUUACCUACAAUUAAUAAAAUUUAUUAAGUUAACAAUAAAUUUCAAAAUAAAAGAAAUAUAAUUAAAACCAUUAACUUACAGAGAAUUGUUUUUGCUUGUACCGGUACACAGUUGAUGAUAAUACAAUGUGCCAAAAAAGGCACAACGAUGCAUAGUAAUUCACACUUAUAAGUAAAAAAAAAAAACUCUAGCAAGAAUAACACUCUCGAAAAAUAACUCUUGCCUGUCGUCCCGUAGAGUAACAAUGUCUCGCGAUGAAAUGCUCUCUAAAAAAUCGAUCGUGUCCCCUUUUUAUCGUCUGCUCUACUGAUGUAUCUAGAACCGCCUUAGGCAUUGUUUUCCUUUCCAGUUUUCUCCAGAUUCUUCUACAGAAAUCUGAUAGAUACAUGCUAUUAAUGUUAUUUAGGUCAAGACACUAUUUUUUAGCUAGCCACGCCUUAAAUGCGGUUUCAAGCUUGCUUGGUGUCUGCUAGAGUUCACAGCACGGGGAAAUAAGACGCGUCGUCUACAAUAGUCUACAUAACAGAUACAUAUAGUGUUAUUGGAUACAUAUAGUGUUACAGGAUACAUAUAGUGUUAUUCGAUACAUUUAAUUUUUCUGGGAUACAUAUAGUUUUAUAGGAUACACAUAGUAGCGUGGCUAGGGUAGGUGCCGCCAUGUAGGUGAAGCCAUCUAGGUGCCGCCAUGUGAAAGGCUAAAAUUUUGGCUGCUCCCUAUACCACGAAAUAAGCUUUUUCAGGUUUCCUUAAAUGUUGCCCCUAAACAAAAAAUAAAAAAAUAGACAAACCUACACCCCCUCCUCCCUUUUCUUCGCCACGGGAUAUUUAUCUAUAAGGUAUUGGAAUCUAAAUGAGAACCCCCCCCCCCCCCCAAAAAAAAAAAAAAAGGUUAACUGGUGGCUAAGCAACAGUAGUUGCAUUAUAAACACGAAGGCAAGAAGGUUUCACUUAAUGAGCUGACGAGCCGUUAGAUUUAACAAAUGACAUUUUGGUAUUUAAUAUUGAGACCAAAUCCAAUGAUGUAUCCAAUCCUUUGUAUUCCACAGAAAAUGACUGUCGCGCGAAAUUUACGAACAUUUAAAAUAGGCGUCCUCAUCGCCAUCGUAUUUAUCAUCAACCUGCUCUGCCUGUUGUCCAUCUCGCUCCAGAACGUGCUGACCUGGAGGUUACCGCAUCGGUACUUCAGAGAAAACGAUCACCCGUACUUCAAAUCAACGCACCCGGGCGGCGUCAGGCCGAACACGACCGUCAACCCGGUGGUCAAGCUGAAGCUGGACACCAUGAAACUGGAGCUCAACGACAGCAGGUUCACCAACGACGUCAUGUUCCCCGCCAAGAGGAUCGGGCGCUACAUCAUGGCGGACGCCGACCGAUGCCGCGGGGUGAAAGAACUGGACAUCAUCAUCAUCGUACACACGGCCCCGGCUAACAUGGAGAGACGUCAACGGAUUCGGGACACCUUCGGCAACGAGGACCUCUUCGUCCCUUUCCGAGUCCGGACGGCUUUCUUGUUGGGGAAGACCGUCAACCGAACCCUGGAGCGCAUGCUGUGGCUCGAGCACGCGACCUACAACGACACCGUCAUGGGGGAUUUCAUCGACGACUACCACAACCUGUCGCUCAAGGGUGUCAUGGGAUACCGCUGGGUGAGCGAGUACUGCACCAACUCGAGGUUCGUGCUCAAGAUCGAUGAUGACGUCAUGAUUAACAUGUUCAAACUGCUGUAUUCCUUCCUGAAGCACAUGAGUGGCAAGCCGAAGUCCAUCUUCUGCAACUUGUGGCACAAGAACACGAUGCCCAUCUUGCGGCAGGGCAAGUGGAAGGUCGAGCCGCACGUCUUCUCCAAACGGAACACGUUCCCAUACGACUACUGCAGCGGCUUCGUGGUCAUCAUGACGACCGACCUCAUUGGCCCGAUGUUUGAGGCCGCGAUGACCACCCCGUUUUUCUGGAUAGACAACGUGUAUCUCUUCGGGAUGCUGCCCAGCGUGGUGGGCAGUGUCACUUACUACAACUACGCGCUGGACCGGAACAUGACGCUCAAGCAACAGGACGCGCUCAACUGCACCAGAACUCAAGGACCGAGGUGUCCGAUCUUCGCGUCCGCCAUCAGUGACAAGUUGUUCUGGAGUUACUGGGACCUAAUCAAAGGGAUAUACACGCAGGCCAGCUCUUGGCGCGUGGAGAACAAGAUAGUCACGUGAUAAGAAUAGAGAGUGUUAAAUUGUCCUUAAAAACUCGAAUAGACGUAUGUAAAUAUCAC